AUGACCGAAAUCGCCCACACCAGCAGCUUCAGUGACCUCGUGCUCGCCGGCAAGGUGUGGGGAAGAGAAGAUGCACCUCACCGGGUGCUGGCCGUGCAUGGCUGGAUGGACAACGCGGCCACGUGGGACCACUUGGCACCGCUGCUCGUCGCAGCCGCAGACGUUCGGUUGGUGGCGAUCGACCUUCCCGGCCACGGCCAGAGCGAGCACAGGUCGGGCAAAGGACCCUACAACUUCCUCGAGUACAUUCCAGACAUCAUCAGCUUCGCUGAUGGUCUGGGCUGGGACUCGUUUUCCCUGAUGGGACACUCCCUGGGUGCGGGGCUGACGUCGAUCAUCGCCGGCCUCUAUGCCUCGCGCGUGAAGCACUUGAUCGUGGUCGAGGGCCUGGGUCCAUGGACCAAUCCCAAGAAAAGCAACUUUGUCGACGACUUCAACAAGGCCAUGUUCACCAACAAGAUGGUGCACUCUCGUCCACCGCCCGUCUAUGCCGACCUCGACGCUGCCGUGGAUCGGUGGUGCGAAAGCCAGCCGCAGAUGAAGCGAGAAUCGGUCGUCAAGCUCGUGACCCGAUCCAUCAAGCAGGUCGAGAACGGGGUGGUGUUCAGCCAGGACCGAAGCCUGCGCUGCUCGUCGCUGCUGCGCAUGAACGAGGAGCAGGUGACCGAGUGCCUUGAACGAAUCGCCUGCCCCAUCGUGGUGGUGCUGGGCGACCAGGGCUUCCUCUUCACUGACUACGAGCCGCUCUUCAAGCAGCUCUACCCGAUCCGCAAGAAGGCGGUGGCCAAGCAGGUCGUCCGCGAGAUCGUCGUGCCGGGCGGUCACCACCCACAUCUCGACAACCCCGAGCCGGUCGUUCGCGAGAUCGCUGCCCUGUUCGCUUCGCCAAGCCCAGCAGCAGCGAAGCAAUAA